AUGAAGUUGGCUUUAGCUCUAGCGUUUAACUUGAUCCCGGCCCUUGCCGCCGGCCACUUCAAGCUAGAUUUCGAGGUGCUUCACGGAAACAGCAAGCUGGACUUGGGUAAGGACAGAAAACCCACCUUUGUCAAGAGAGCAGACACAGAGGAGAUGGAGCUCCACAACGAGCAGUCUUUCUACAGAGCCGACUUGAAGAUCGGUACUCAGGGAGACAAGGUCGGCGUUUUGGUCGACACGGGUUCCUCCGACCUCUGGGUGAUGCCGCCAGACGUGGUUUGUGGUGUUACUCCAACGAUGAGUAAGAGAGGCUUGACCUCUGGCGUGCAACACGGCGCCGAGUUGAAAAAGAGAAAGAACUUCGCUGAUCUCGACGCCUUGGAGGAGGCCAUCAGGGCUCACGACGAAUUGGACGAGUUGGACAACCAAAACAAGCAGGUUGUCGAGCCUUCCAAGCUGAUCAACUUGCCCACCGAGGCGCUCCAGCACAAGGAGUGUAAUGGUCUCUUCUGCAGAUCCACCAUCUGGGUCACCUCUGCUCCUACUGGUCUGAGCGGUGGCGGCAGCGGCAGUGGCAGUGGCGGUUUCUCUGCUGCUGGUCCAGAUGCUUCCAGAACCACCAACACCUGUACCGACUACGGCUCGUACGAGACCGACAACUCCGACACCUGGUCCCGUAACGACACGGCUCCAGAGUUCUACAUCCAGUACGCUGAUGGCACGUCCGCUACUGGUGUGUGGGGCCAGGACAACAUGGUCUUUGGCGACACCAACGUGACGGACUUGAGUUUUGCCUUGGUGAACCACUCCGAUUCUGCCUUCGGUGUCUUGGGUAUCGGUCUUCCUGGCUUGGAGUCCACCUACACGGGUCUCAGGGUCUCGGGAACUCCAUACCAGUACGAGAACUUGCCCAUGAGAUUGGUCCGCCAGGGUCUCAUCAACAAGAACGUGUACUCGCUUUAUCUCAACUCGCCUAAUGCUAACACAGGCUCGAUCUUGUUUGGUGCCAUUGAUAAAGCCAAAUACCUGGGCCAGUUGGAGACCGUGCCUAUUGUCAACGUUUACGACCACGUUUACAAGGACCCAAUCCGUUUGGACGUCACCAUGAGUGGCCUUUCGUUCCAGAGCUCCAGCCAGAACGAGUCCAUCAGCUCCACCAGCUACCCUGCAUUGUUGGACUCGGGUACCACCCUUACAUACCUCCCCAGCGACCUCUUGAAGAGAGUCACGUCGUUGUUCUCGGCACAGUACUCUUCUUUGUACGGUUACUACCAGUUGAGCUGUGACUUCAACACAGACAGCGCCCACAUUGUCUUCAACUUCAGCGGUAUCAAGAUCAAGGUUCCUGUGUCUGAGUUCGUCAUCACCGCCGGCAGAAACCAGUGUUUCUUGGGUAUCAUGGAGCAGACGUCGCAGGUUGCAGGCACCGACUAUGCUGUUUUGGGAGGCAACUUCUUGAGAAGCGCCUAUGUUGUCUACGACUUGGACGACUACACCAUCAGUAUGGCACAGGCCAACUACUCCAACAACGAGGACAUUGAGGUUGUGGAGUCUUCGAUUCCCGACUCUGUGAGUGCCGCCAGCGCCAGCGUUUCGCCCACUUACGGAAGCUCCUCGGGCGGCGACUCUGACUCUUCGGUCACUGCGCUCAACUCUGGCAACAUGAGAAACUCCAAGGCAUCCAGUGCUCACUUGAGCUGGCCAUUGGUAGCAAUGGUGGCCGGUGUGAGUGCGUUUGCAUUGGUUUAG